AAUCGAGGCAUACAAGUCACCUUGAAGACUUCAUCACGAAAGUCCCAAACGAAUCCUGUCCUCGUGACACCACGAUGCUCCUCACCAAAUCAUGUCCCCCAGGCUCCAUUGGAUUGGAUGUUGCCUGAAGGGCUGACUCUGUCGCCGCAGCCGCCAGUGCGCAGACAACCAGCUCCACCACCGGACCCACCACAGCUGCCAACAAUAAACAAUGAGCUGCCCAGUGCAGGCCAGGAAGAGUCUGUUGAAGAGUGUCCCACGGAGCUGCCAGAGCCACACGUGGAAGCAGACAGCCUAUACCUCCCCUCUGACGCUAGCUUCCUCAUGAUGAUGUCCGACACCGGCUUUCUGAGGGAUGCACAGCAGAACACUGCAUCUGACAGCGCACUCAGUCAGCAUGAGAGCAGCAAAAGCAUCGACUACGUCUCGGAACGAAAGUUUAUUGUUUUCGAGUCUUGUUUGGACGAGCUACUAGGUAAUUGUCCCGAGUGCACUGCACUGUGCCGCAUCACAGAGAAGAAGAUCAGAGGGACAUGUCUCCGGGUGCACAGAAUGUGCAACAAUGGCCACCAACACACCUGGACCAGCCAACCAUCAGUGAAUAGGAGGGCCCUGGGCGAUGUGCUCCUAGCUGCAGCAACGCUCUUCUCUGGGAGCAUCGUCAAAAAAGUGCUAAGGCUCCUCCACCAGAUGGGCGUGCCCUGUUUAUCGUACGAGACAUACUUUAAGAUUCAGGGUGCCUUCCUUCUACCAGCGAUCAGACAGGUGUGGAACAGGAAACAAAACGAGCUCUUCGAGCAAGCAAGUGGACGAGAACUGGUCCUCGCUGGUGAUGGGCGGUCAGACUCCCCCGGGCACUCAGCAAAAUAUGGAACGUACACCGUCGUCGACGUGUCAACGAAGAAGGUUCUCCAUGUGGAAACAGUGCAGUCCAACGAAACGAAGGGCAGCUGGGCAAUGGAGCUCGAGGGCCUGAAAAGGACUCUACUGAUUUGUGAAGCCAAUGGAUUGACUGUGGGAGGAAUCAUCACUGAUCGCCACUCCAUGAUCAAGUCAUUCCUUGCCAAGUGGUACCCCCAGAUUCGGCACAUGUUCGACUGCUGGCACGUUGCAAAAGGCAUCAAGAAACGCAUGGUCUCAGUUGGGAAACUCAAAUCCCUUGUGGGACUCCAAGACUGGGUGCAGGCAACUGUCAAGCACCUCUAUUGGUGUGCGGAAUCCAGCGAUGGAGCGCCAGAGGAGAUCCUUCCUAAGUGGACUUCCCUGGUGGGACACGUGGCUGACUUGCACGAACAUGCCGACCCCCUGUAUCCAAGGUGCCAGCACGGAGACCUGGGGAAGAAAAAGUGGCUUCCUGAGGGACUUCAGGCACACGACAAGCUAAAGAGCAUCGUGCUGUCAAAGCCACUGCUGAAGGACAUCCCGCAGCUCUCAACCUCAGCGCAAACCUACGCAACUGAGUGCUUUCACAGCACUGUGAACCAGUUCGCACCGAAGUCGACACACUUUGGUUACGAGAGCAUGCAGGCAAGAGUCUUUGUGGCAGCGCUGCAUUUCAACGAAAACAGCGACAGGCCACAGGCGACUACUAAGGAAGGCAAAAAAAGGUUCCUGGUCAAGCGGCCUAAACAAACAAAGAGGCCGAUUGCAUCUCCCAUGAAAGGGCCCUGCACAUACGCCUAUGUACAAGAGCUCAUGAAGGAAACCCUCGCCCUCAAUUGCCACUACCCGUCGUACCGAGCUGCACGAAAGGCCAACUGUGUCGAGGCUCCCCCAACUCUGUCGAGUGGAUAUGAACGCCCCAGCAAGGACCUGCUCAUCUCUAACCACCGUUCCCGGUUCAACUGCUAAGCUGAAGCUGAAGGAACAUGUACUGUCGGGGAAAAAUCAAAUGCGAACAGAAGAGCGCG